AUGAGGUUCCUAACGAUCAUUGCGUUCUUUUGCGUCUUGGCAGGCUGCUCUUGCUCAGAGUCAACUACGUCAUCUGGAUAUUAUUGGGACCCAUAUUCAUCUUCUUGGGUGCCUUACGGAGACUCUACCACUUCGUAUCCCCACUGGGAGGAUACUACUACAUCUGCACCUGUUGCUCCGUCAACUGCUAGGCCGCCAUGUGAUGGACAAAUCCAAGGACCUUGCGAGAAUCUUGUAAAGGGUGCUCAAAAGGUGUACGUCUUCUAUUAA